AUGUGGCUUUACCUGGUGGCCCUGGUGGGCAUGUACCAUCUUGUGCGCUGGUAUCGGGAGAGGCAGGUUGUCGACCAGCUGCAAGACAAGUACGUCUUCAUCACGGGCUGUGACUCAGGCUUCGGGAACCUGCUGGCCAGGCAGCUGGAUAUGAAGGGCUUGAGGGUGCUGGCUGCGUGUCUGACUGAGAAGGGGGCCGAGACACUGAAGGCACAGACUUCAGAGAGGCUGGACACAGUGAUCCUGGAUGUCACCAAGUCAGAGAGCAUCGCUGCUGCCACCCAGUGGGUGAAGGAACACACAGGAGACAGAGGUCUCUGGGGCCUGGUGAACAAUGCUGGCAUCUCAGGGAUCUUGGCUCCCAAUGAGUGGCAGACCAGACAGGAUUUCAUGGAGGUACUGGACGUGAACCUGCUGGGGUUGAUUGAUGUGACUCUGAGUCUGCUACCCUUGCUGAGGAAAGCCCAGGGCCGUGUGGUCAAUGUCUCCAGCGUUGUUGGUCGCGUGCCUCUUUCUGGUGGCUACUGCAUCUCCAAGUUUGGUGUGGAGGCCUUCUCAGAUUCCCUCAGGAGGGAGCUCUCCUUCUUUGGGGUGAAGGUGUCUAUAAUUGAACCUGGUUACUUCAAAACUUCUAUAAGCACUGCUAAGAAGCUUUGUCAGGAUAUCCAAAAUACCUGGGAUCAGUCCAGUGCAGAGGUCAGAGAUGCCUAUGGGGAAAAGUUCCUGACAUCCUGCAUGAAAUCACUUCAAAAGGUAGAAUUAAUGAUGUCUUCGAAUCUGUCUUUAGUGACAGGCUGCAUGGAGCAUGCCCUGACCUCCUGUCAUCCUCGUACACGGUACUCUGCUGGUUGGGAUGCUAAACUGAUCGUCCUCCUGAGCUAUAUGCCCACAUUUCUGGUGGAUGCCAUUAUCAGAUGGAACAUGUUAAGGCCCGCCAAAGCCCUGUGAAGUCUAGGUGGACAUCAUAGUGUGGAGU